AUGCGCAGCCGAAUUGAUCUUUCUUACAAUGACUUUCAUGAGAGCUCUGUGCCAUCAAGUUGUCGGGAAACUCUAAACUUAUUCAGAAGCUAUGGUGGAGGAAAAACAAAGGAACUUGGGAAAUGCUUGAAGACUCAUUGUUCAAAGGAUUACUAUUCGUUUCAUGUCAAUUGCGGUGGACUAACAACUAGAGUUGGCAAUUCAGUUUUCGACGGGGAUGAAGAGUCAUCGGGUUCAGAAAAGUUCGCUUUCACAAGGGAAAACUGGGGAACUAGUAGUACAGGAUUCUUUUGGGAUCACAACAGAACUAUGACUGACUAUGUGGCCAAAAAUGUAUCUGUUCUCAGAGUGAAUGACCCUGAAUUGUACGCUACUGCCCGCCUCUCUCCUUUGUCUCUCACAUAUUAUGGGCGGUGCUUAGGAAAUGGCAACUACACUGUGAUACUUCAUUUUGCAGAGAUUAUUUUAAGGGAUAAUCAGUCAUUCCAAAGUCUAGGAAGACGGAUGUUUGAUGUGUAUAUCCAGGGUGAACAGAGACUGAAAGAUUUUGAUAUUGAGCAAGGGGCAAAAGGAGUUGACAAAGUUGUUAAAAGAAAUUUCACAGCAAUGGUGAUAAAUAACACUCUAGAGAUACGUUUUCAGUAUACUGGGAAGGGAACAACAGCUGUCCCAACCCGAGGAACGUACGGUCCUUUGAUAUCUGCUAUUUCUGUGGAAUCUGAUUUCAAGCCUCCAUCUCACUGGAAAAGGAAGAUUUUCAUCUCAACAGGAGCAGGGUUUUUGGCCUUGUUUCUCAUUCUUGCAGUUAUCUUUUAUGCUUGGUGGAAUCAAUAUAUAGGAGAAAGGAUCUCAAGGGAACAAGUUUUAAGAGGGUUAGAUUUGCAUGCCGGUUUCUUCACUUAUAGACAAAUCAAGGCUGCCACAAACAAUUUUGAUGCUGCAAACAAAAUCGGGGAAGGUGGUUUUGGAUCAGUUUACAGGGGCACACUACUGGAUGGUGCAAUUAUUGCAGUCAAGCAGCUUGCUGCCAAAUCAAAACAAGGGAAUCAUGAGUUUGUAAAUGAAAUUGGCCUACUCUCUGGAUUACAGCAUCCAAAUCUUGUGAAACUGUAUGGAUGCUGCAUUGAAGGAAGUCAAUUACUGCUUGUUUAUGAAUACAUGGAGAACAAUAACCUUGCCCGUGCUCUAUUUGGACCAGAGGAAUAUCAGUUGGAAAUGGACUGGCCAAGAAGACAAAACAUUUGUGUCGGUGUAGCAAAAGGAUUGGCUUUUCUGCAUGAAGAAUCAACUCUGAAAAUUAUCCAUAGAGACAUCAAAACAAACAAUGUUCUGCUUGACAAAGAUCUUAAUCCAAAGAUUUCCGACUUUGGAUUGGCCAAACUUGUUGAAGAAGAGAACACGCAUAUCAUCACCACAAUUGCUGGAACCAAAGGGUACAUCGCUCCAGAAUAUGUACUA